CUGCGAUACUCCCUGCGCUUGGGCAUUCUUGCAUUAGGGGGUGACGGAGCAUCAUCUCGCAUAAUUAAUUGGUAUUUUAUCCUGGACUGACCAUCAUAAUCAACCAUGGACAAUGAAGUCCCUCUUCCCCCGCCACCCCGGAUCCGCCAUCGCUCUCCGACAGCCAAACAAGCACGGCAGUCUGACGCGUCACUUCCAUCCUCGAACUCCAUUUCUCGCUCGCGCACCUCCUACCAGUUCCCUGCACGGUUUGACGACCGCUCAAGCCAACCAUCGAGUGAUCCAGCCUUCUUCUCGAGCGACGACAUCCCCGCGUCUGGGUUGGAGAAUUACGACAAUGCGCCCUCAUCUACAGCGGCUAGUCGCAAACGGCGAUAUCAAGGGACUUGGUGGGGAGAGAUGGUCUUCAAUCUGAAAAGGAAGAGAGCAGACUUCAAGGAUAAACGAUUUGUGGACAGCGGCGUGUGGAUGGGCAGCGAUGAGUCUCUCAGAGAUAGCCCAUCAGAGGAUAUGCUCUGGGAAGGACAGCCUGGUUCAAAGAAUGAGCAUUGGCCUGUAGCAGCGCAGAGUCGCGCUGUCUUCAAGGGCAUUGAAGAACCAGAGGAACACAAAGUUGCGCGGGCAAUUGUUCUGGAAUGCCUGGAGAAAGGACAGGAUAGUGUCGACCUGAGCAAUAGCUAUCUACGAACCGUUCCCCCGGGCCUUCUGGGACCUUUGCAGCAUCUAACAAAGGUGCCAAUAGUGGAACCCCCGAUCACAGAAGACCUCUAUAGUUCAUUGCAGCCGUUCCUUCGUCUAUUUCUCUCAGGCAAUGCCCUCACCGCGCUGUCAAGAGAACUAUUCGAGCUACGAACUCUGAAAGUGCUCAGCCUGCGGAACAACAAACUCUCUCGAAUCCCGCCUGCUAUUCGAAAUCUGACAGACCUGCAAGAACUCAACAUCUCCGUCAAUCGAUUACAGUACCUUCCGUGGGAGCUGCUUUGGCUCAUCAGAAAGGGUGACUUGAGGCAUCUGGUAGUGCGCCCAAAUCCGCUUGCGCAGAUGGAGGAUACUCCUGUUGCUUUAUGGCAUUAUGAGAAUAAUGGCGAGGAAGGGAUCCCCUUGAACGGAAAUACCAACGAUCUGAAGCUCUUUAAAUACGAAGGACCGCCCCCAGAGGAAGCAUGGGCCCCGAUACAUAUUGCUACUGGACCCGUGCAGCGAUUCAGCAUGGAAGGAUUCCCCAUCCCUUCUGCUGGGACGCGGCAUUCGAACAGGAAUAACAUGUCUGCGGCUAAUCAAACACAGUCACGCGUUCCGUCUUUGCGUGAAGUUGCCCUCUUGACUCUGAGCAGAUCCCCGUACUUUGACCAGAUCUCUGAUUCCGAGAUCGCCACUUUUCCGGCACUGAUAGCUCGCUUACUCUGGAAGGCCCGAGAGGUCAGAAAUGCUGCUGGCCAAAGUUGCUCCGUGUGCCAUCGCAGCUUCGUGGUUCCUCGUGCAGAGUGGAUUGAGUGGUGGGAUUGCAGCACGUAUGAGAACGGAUUGAAGAGGCCCCGUUACUCGGGAGAGUCACUUCGUCCUUUGCCAUUUCAAAGAUUCGGUUGUAGCUGGGCAUGUGUUCCCAGUCAGGAGGAAGAGUGACCAACGAGGGACAUUGGAUUUAUACCUUGUUCGAUUUGCAUCGAUGUUUUUGUUCCGACUUGGAACUAACGAGGCCUUUUGCAUAUUUCCCCAUGUUCAGCUGGGUUGUUUGUUCGUUCUUCAUGUGCCUUGCAUCUCCGGUGUUCAUCUACUGCUAGAUACAUAACCAUGCAUAAUUAGACCAAUAGCUAUCAUAUCCCAUCAUAUGGAAAUAUCAAUUAAAU